GGGCCGAGCGUCGAGUCGGGAAGGCGGGAGAGAGCGCUAGCAGAGCAUUCGGGCGAACGUUGAGGACGAGGAGGACCCGGAGCCGCGGGCCGCGCGUAUAUAAAAGGCGGGGCGACGGGGUACGAGCUCGGGGGCGGGCCUGGACUCGGGAGUCGGAUCGAGGAAAUUGGAAGAAGGUGGUGCGUGCCGAGCUCGUCGUGGGCACGGGACGCGAGCGAGUGGAGUGAGCUUGGAUUUGUGAUUUGUGAUUUGAUCGAGGAAGCGGAGGAAGGGAAGAAAAGGGAAGGGAAGGGAAAAGAGGCGGGAUGCAGCUGCGGAGGAGAAAGCAGGAUGGCGGGGGAGACCAGAAAUCUCCGACCGGGGACGAGGCGUCGUCGGCCGAGAAUCAGGAGCGUGGAUGGGACGAAUCGGAGGAGAAGGAGAAGCACAAGAAGUCCGGGGGCGAAACGGAAAAGAAGCACGGGGAGGCUCACAAGCAUCAAUCUCAUCAAAAUCAAUCGUCUUCCCAUGGGGGUAAACAGGCGCACUCUGAUAGUAACAAGCCCGACAAGCCGGACAAACACGAAAAGCCUCAGCAUAAGCUCGAGAAAAAGCCUCCCUCCCCUGCCAAACUGCGACCGACGAGAUGGCGCUGUGUGGAUAAUUGUUGUUGGUUGAUCGGCUAUGUCUGCGUGUGCUGGUGGAUGCUCUUAGCUCUGUAUAAUGCGCUGCCAACGCUGCCCCAGUAUGUGACGGAGAAAAUUACCGGCCCCGCUCCGGAUCCACCCGGUGUCAAGCUCGCUAAGGAGGGGUUGCUUGCCAAGCACCCUGUGGUCUUCGUUCCCGGGAUUGUCACCGGUGGUCUCGAGCUCUGGCAGGGCAAGCCUUGCGCGGAUGGCCUUUUCCGCAAGCGCCUGUGGGGAGGCACCUUUGGCGAGGUUUACAAAAGGCCAUAUUGCUGGAUGGAACAUAUGUCUCUUGACAACGAAACAGGAUUAGAUUUGCCUGGUAUGAGGGUCCGGGCAGUCUCAGGCCUGGUCGCUGCUGACUAUUUUGCUCCCGGAUACUUCGUCUGGGCCGUUUUGAUUGAGAAUCUAGCCCGCAUUGGCUAUGAAGAACGGAACAUGUACAUGGCUGCUUACGACUGGCGCCUCUCCUUUCAAAACACCGAGGUUAGGGACAAGACAUUGACCAAGUUGAAGAAUACAAUCGAGACUUUGUACGAGACGAAUGAUAACAAUAAAGUGGUGGUAGUGCCUCAUUCCAUGGGGGCUCUUUACUUCCUGCAUUUCAUGAAAUGGGUUGAAGCUCCGAAGCCUAUGGGUGGAGGUGGAGGUGAUCAGUGGUGCGCAAAAUACCUCAAAGCAGUCAUGAAUAUUGGAGGGCCAUUUCUAGGCGUUUCCAAAAGCUUCACGGGGUUGUUCUCUGCUGAGGCCAAAGAUAUUGCUGUCGCAAGAGCAAUUGCACCCGGUGUGCUGGACUCAGAACUAUUUGGCCUGCAAACUUUGCAACACAUUAUGCGAGUGACCAGAACUUGGGAUGCGGCCAUGUCAAUGCUGCCAAAAGGAGGAGAGAAAGUCUGGGGUAAUGCAGACUGGUCACCAGAAGAAGGUUACGAUUGUUCGAAGGGUAAACGACUUGAGAGAUCACUUGAUAACGACACCGAUAGCACACUUGGUCCACAUGGGAAGCCUUACGCACAUUACGGGCGGUUGGUCUCCUUCGGCUUAGAUUCUGCUCAAAAACCUUCUUCCGUUGUGAGGGAGGUUCAGGAGGAGUGUGCGGCGAACACAUCUUCUACUUCACCCGUGCGAAGUAAUGUUACUUGUGGGGAGGUCUGGACAGAGUAUCACGAGAUGACCUGGGAUGAUCUUGAAAGUAUACCUAAGGAAGGAUACUACACUGCCAGCAGUGUUAUCGAUCUACUGCGGAAGGUUGCCCCUAAUAUGAUGCGGCGAGCCGACGCGAAUUGGGCUUUUGGCCUCGCUGAAAAUCCAAGUGAUCCCAAGUAUAAUCAUCAUAAGUACUGGGCUAACCCUUUUGAAACGACAUUACCAAAUGCUCCGGAUAUGGAGGUCUACUGCAUGUAUGGAGUCGGCAUUUUAACGGAGAGAUCUUACAUCUACAAGUUGUCACCGAGUUCUGACAGCUGCUACAUUCCCUUCCGCAUUGACACGAGUGCGGAAGGAGAAAGCGAAGGGUGCUUGAAAGGAGGUGUACAUUUUAUUGACGGAGAUGAGACUGUACCAGCAUUGAGUGCAGGUUACAUGUGCCAAAAAGGCUGGAGGGGAAAGACGCGGUACAAUCCUUACGGCUCGCAAACGUACGUGAAAGAAUACAAUCACGCACCUCCGGCAAACCUUUUGGAGGGCCGUGGCACGCAGAGUGGAUCGCACGUGGACAUCAUGGGUAACUUUGCGUUGAUAGAAGAUGUGAUGAGAGUGGCAGCAGGGUCAUCAGGUGAAGAUAUUGGGGGAGAUCGUACCUACUCGGACAUUCCGAAGUGGUCAGAACGUAUAAAAGUUGAGUUGUGAUUGCAAUUUGAUGAAAAUGCUAAAAACGAAAGUCCGUUGCGAGUUGAAAUUGUGGUAGUAGUUGGAAGAGCACGUAGUUGUAAGUGUCGGAGUGUCGAGAUAUCUGUUGAUAAAUGUCCACAUCCUUUUGUCCCUUGAUUCAAACUCAUGUAGAUAGUCGAGAUGACGAGGUUGGUGAUGUCGGAGAUGGUAUCAGAAACAGCAGAGAGCGUGUACAAUCUGGAAGUUGCAUGUUGAGAUAUUUUCGGACAGGAAAUGACACUUGAGAAGUGCAGGGUUCAGAAACCUCCCAUCGCUGCUAGAAAUAGAGGUGUAGUGUACUGAGGCAGUAGUUGUACAGGACGUCGUUCAAAGAGAUGCCAUAUAUGAAGCACACAAUGUACAGUAAUCUUUCUCAUUUCACAAUUGUGCAAAGUAAUUGUGGCCCAGAUUGGACUGGGUCCUUUGUCCGU